GGUAUCGUUGCCGGUUUUCCUUGAUAUGGCACCAGCCAGAUACAUACAAUUUACCUAAGUACGCGUACCUAGCACACAUGCAGGGGCACUUGUUAAAUUAAAUACAUACAAAUAACUUAACCUAACCCUUCUUUCAUUUCUAUUUUUGUAGAUGAUCCUAAUUUUACCCCAAUAUCUCUCUCCUAUGAUUUAUUUCUACCACAGACUUCUCGUAUCUUCAUGGUCUCCUAUUCAUGAGUUUACUAACCUAUUAAGUCGUUAAGACUAUAUAAAUAUAUAUAUAUAUAUAGGUAAUCACUUGGGUGUCUGUAGCUAAGCCACUCAAGGCGUGAGAGGCCUUACUGAGCCGGCAUACCUGCAUCCAUAACCACAUCAUGUCAAGUCUUCGGUCCUUGUACGCCUCCGACGGCGUUCAGAUCGGGGGCAACAUGGACGUAGAUUAUGUCGUUCAUUAUAAAGUUUCUAACGAUAAGGCCGAGGCUGCAGCUGGCUUCACUCAGCUGAUCGAAGCCCUCACGAGGGUUGGGCUCGCUACAGAAGUCCGAUACGGUGACAGCGAUUCUUUAUUGGUUUUUGUCAAGGUAGCAUCCGAGAAGCACCUAACCAAUCAUAUUUAUCGAGAGCGUGUCCAAGAUUGGUUGUAUGGUGUGCGAAUCACCACCCCCAACAAGGACCUAGCUAAAGAAUUCGCCGACCAGCCCGUCACCGAGGCUGAGCGGCUGCGUACCGUUUAUUUGCUUAUCACCAAGCACAAGAGCGAAGGAUGUGCGGGUAUCGCACCCAAGGUCGGUUUGUGGAAGGAUGUCGAAUCUAUCUUCCCACUUCAUGAUCUUGCCUUCAACCGACGAUGGAUCCAGCAGUGGAGUACCAAGUACUUCCUAGACGACAAAGAUCUCGACCAGAUUCGCGAUAAGUUCGGCGAGAGCGUUGCAUUCUACUUCGCCUUUAUGCAAUCUUAUUUCGCAUUUCUAAUAUUCCCAGCAGCAUUCGGGUUCGGUGCCUGGCUUAUCCUUGGUCAAUAUUCGUUGUUCUAUUCUAUCGUCAGUUCCCUUUGGUCCAUCGUCUUUUUCGAGUGGUGGAGGAAGAAGGAAGUCGACCUCGCUGUUCAAUGGGGUGUUCGCGGAGUAUCUCGUAUCCAACGCCCCCGAGUACAGUUUAAAUGGGAUCAUGAGGCAGUAGAUCCCGUUACGGGAGAAGCUGUGAAAGUGUAUCCUCCGAUGAAGAGGCUACAGACUCAGCUCUUGCAGAUCCCAUUCGCAUUUGGUUGUUUAGCGAUCCUCGGUGCUCUCUACGUCUUUUGCUUUUCCAUCGAGAUCUUUCUCACUGAAAUCUAUAACGGUCCAUUCAAGGCAUACCUAACUUUCGCGCCUACGAUCAUCCUCUCAGGAUUACUCCCAGCGCUGUCGACAAUUCUUAGCAGUUUUGCAGAGAAGCUCACAGACAUGGAAAAUUACAAGACAACAGAUACUCAUCAUUCUGCUUUGGUCCGAAAGUUGUUCAUUAUCAAUUUCAUCACCUCUUAUACACCCCUUUUCUUGAGCGCAUUUGUUUAUAUGCCAUUCGGGAAUCUUCUCGUACCUUAUCUAGAUGUCUUCAAGAUGACCGCCGAAAAGUUUUCUAGUGAGGAGUCAAUCACUACUCAGGGCUUUCAGAUCAAUCCGGGUCGUCUAAAGAGCCAGAUGAUCUACUUCACGGUCACAGCCCAAGUAGUGAACUUCGCUCUCGAAACUGUUGUUCCUUACGUAAAGCGCAAGGCGUUCGAUGAAGUCAAGAAGGUUCAAUAUAAGGGUAAAUCUUCGGCGGAUAUCGAUGUUCCCGAAGAACAUGAGUUCCUUGAAAGAGUUCGUCACGAAGCGCUACUCGACACUUACGACGUUACUGUAGACUAUAGAGAGAUGGUAGUUCAAUUUGGCUACCUCUCGCUUUUUUCGUCAGUUUGGCCGCUCACGCCACUUUGCUUCUUCAUCAAUAACUGGGUUGAGCUGCGCUCGGAUGCUGUGAAGAUAGCAGUUACCAGUAAGAGGCCUAUUCCGUGGAGAGACGACUCCAUCGGGCCAUGGCUCGAUGCGCUAGGCUUUCUAACUUGGGUUGGAAGUCUCGUAAGCUCUGCAAUUGUGUAUCUUUUCGGUGGCGAUUCUAAUGGCCCCGGCGGCGACCCGUCCAACAUUGCUACAUCGGGUCUCUUGUUAAGCAUCCUCCUCUCCGAGCACGUGUACUUAGCAGCGCAGUUUGCAGUACGAUAUGCGUUGAAACAGAUGGAUUCUCCCGGACUUCAGAAGGAGAAAGCCGAGCGCUUUGCCAUAAGGAAACAGGUACUAGAGGAGAGCCUGGGACCUGAAGCAAUUGAGAAACCUCUACCUCCCACGCCACAGGUUGGUGAAAAAAUCACCCGAGAAUCUUUAGAGGAACAGGCCCGGCAAAUAUCAAUGAACGGUGGAGGGACCCCUGAAAAACUAUUUUGGUUAAGACAACAAGGCAUGGACGAAACUAUUCAAAUGGGCCAAAGGCUAAUCGUACAGGCAACCGAAUCUGGGAACUAGGCGUAUGGGCAGCUUUAUAUCAGUUAGGAGGGUAUAGAAGAAGUGGUUGUGGUUGUGUUGUUGACCAUUACGGUGAGCUUAGUGGUUGGGUAAUCAAGACGGGUCUAUAACUCGAACAAUAAACACAAUAACUAUCAUUAUUCAUGCACAUUCUUAAAUUAGGAUGAGUUGAAUUAAAUUUUAGGUAAUUUAAUAACUUGUCGUUAUAACAAUACCGAUUCUCUUCUCAUAUACGAGCAAUCGGGUAUCAUUACCUACUUAGGUACAGGUUCGAUAUUGCUAAAUCUCGAAGCAUAAAUGGGAACACAUAUGUAAAUGA